AAACACGAAACUAAUUAAAGCGCUUUUCUAUACACAUUUUGAAACAUUCACAAUCACUUCAUCGUUCAGUGACCAAGGCAUGUCUUGUUUACAACCCGAAAGUCCUCAAAUGUCGGCGCUAAGGAGAGGUCUUUGAAUGCGGCGUUGCCCAGGCUUCAACCCUCUCCUGAGGCCUUACAUAAUGACCCGCGAGGCCACGCCCACUUCCUCCGCCUCAAAACAGGGCUGCUGCCUGACGAUGCACGACAGACCGAGCCGCGACCGCGAGCAAAAAACACAUCAACAGCCUGAAAAACUUUGCCACAUUGAGACUCUCCGCGGCUCAAAAGGAAAAAGAAACGCUCCCUCUCGCCGUUAGACCACUUCCCUAAACUUUCCCCCCUUCACAAAAAAAACAACAUGAUUUUCGACAAGUUGAAAAAGUUUGACAUCGUCUUCGACUCCCCGGAGAUGGACUGUCCUCCGGUGUUCAGCAGCGGGGACGUCGUGUCCGGACGGGUGGUGCUGGAGUUUUCCGGGGAGAGUCGGGUGGACUCCCUGAAGCUUCACGCCGAAGGUUUCGCCAAAGUCCACUGGACCGAGUCCCGGUCCGCCGGCUCCAGCACGGCGUACACCCAGAACUACAGCGACGAGGUGGAGUACCUGAACCGCAGAGAGGUGCUGCUGCAGGCAGAUAACGGCGAAGUGACCGUCCUUCCUGCCGGCAGACACGAGUUUCCAUUCAGCUUCCAGCUUCCAGAGGAGACGCUCGUCACCUCCUUCGAGGGGAAGCACGGCAGCAUCCGGUACUGGGUCAAAGUCAAGCUCCACAGGCCGUGGGCCACCGUCAGGAAAAUCAAGAAAGAGUUUACGGUCAUCGAGCCCAUCGACAUCAACACGCCGACUCUGCUGGCGCCACAGGCCGGUACGAAGGAUAAGAUGGCGCGGGCCUGGUACCGCAACUUCGGGCAGGUGUCGGUCACCGCCAAGAUCGACCGCAAAGGCUACACGCCUGGCGAGGUGAUCCCCGUCUUUGCAGAGUUCGACAACUCCACCUCCAGGUCCAUUGUGCCCAAAGCCUUCAUCACGCAGACGCAGACCUUCAUCGCCCGCGGCACCAUGAAGCAGAAGCGCUCGGUGGUGGCCACCCUCUGCGGGGACAUCGUGAGCGCCAAGUGUCGCGAGACCUGGCACGGGCGCGCCAUCAAGAUCCCCCCCGUGGGGCCGUCCAUCCUGCAGUGCCGCAUCAUCAAAGUCGAGUACAUGCUGAAGGUUUGCGUCGAUGUCCCCGGGACUUCCAAGCUGUGCCUGGAGCUGCCGCUGGUCAUAGGCACCAUCCCGCUCCACCCCUUCGGCAGCCGGACGUCCAGCGUCAGCAGCCACUACAGCGUUAACCUGGAGUGGCUGCACAUGACCAUCCCCGAGCAGCCCGAGCCUCCUCCAGACUACAGCUCUGUGGUGACCCAGGAGGAGGCCGAGCAGCGCAACAGCUCGGCGGCCCCGCCGCCGGCCGAAGACCUCAGCGGCAUCCAGGAGAGACCUCUCUUGGCUUUUGUCCAGGAGUUUCGCUUCAGACCUCCACCCGUUUACAGCGAGAUUGACCCCAACCCUCAGCCUUUGAACAUGAGGCCUCGCUGCAUGACGUGUUGAACCGUGAGCCCUGCCUGAGCGACAAGCAGUUUAACCUUUGAAACGAAUCGAGAGAUUUGUCUUCUCCUGGAUUACGCCUCUAUGGUGGACGGCACCUGGUCCCACCCCGUGUUGUGGAGAUGGACUGGAGCGCUACAGGAGCGUCAGGAGCCGGAGCUCACAGGAACUGAAUGUUUGCAGAGGAGCUGCCACUCUGUGUCCGCCCCAGUAAAGUGGAGGUUUUUUUCUGGUCCCGCUGAGAGGCCAGCAACUCUCUCUGCACCAGUUCCUGUCCUCCCCAAGUGAUUUUUGGCUCCGCGCAAAGUGAGAAAACAAACGACCUCCCACUCAACGCUUUCCCUCAACUGAAGAGAUUUUUGAGACUUAAGGAGUUUGGGACAUAUUGAUGGUUGGGGGGGUCAUGAGGUCACUUGAUAUUUAUCAGGCAUAAAGUGGUGUUCAGAUGUUUGAUAGGAGGUGCUUUUGAUAAGUUGCCAUGUUUGGAAGCACACUGUCAUCACUGAGUGGCUUUAAAGAAAGAAGUGCGAUUAUCCUUCUCUGUUUCUUACUUGCCGGUGCCUGGCAGCAGUGUUGAUGUUCACCUCCUGCAUCGCUAUGCAUUGUUUGACUCAACAGCCGUGUGCCUGUGAUGAAUUCUACUGUUACUUAACUAUGUACUGUAUCUAAAGGCGGAACAUUGGAGCAGACAAGUCAAAUAAGGAGAUGUCAACGUAUUUUAUGCAUGCAGGUCACAAUAUGUUAAAGGGAAAAAUGUAUGCCUUAAUUAUCUGCCGAGGAUUGCAUGAGAUUUUGGGAGCCGCUAUCCCAGAAAGCUGGACAGAGCAGAACGUAUUACUGAAAGAUGCUAAGAGUAAAAUGGUCACCUUGUAAGUGGUUCAAGUUUCCAAAAGCAGCUCAAGGCUCGAGGCACCGAGCUGUGGGACACCUGUGGUAGUUCAUUUCGGAGCACUGAUACAAGAUGUAGCAGCAAGCUGAGGAAAAGCUCGCAGAGGAGCUCUCCCAGAAGAUGAAGACUUUAGAGUCGCGCAGACUGAAACUUGACGGGAGCCAGACGCCUCUGUGCCAUUAGGUCGAGCAAUAAGCUGGAGAUGCCACUGAAACGUAGGGAAGAAACUACAUUCCAAAACCUGACUCAAAGAUCGUGUUUCCUCCUCAACUUCCAAAAAAAACUGUCAGGAGUAUCAGUUCAGGGUCAGUUGUGCAACGUUGGUGGCACGCACUGAAGAUUAAGAUUAAUGCAAAAAGAUUGUAUUUUUAUACGAAGACUGUUGUUUAUUGAGAACCAUGCCAAAGUUUUGUAACUGUUUUUCCUAAUAAAAAAACAUUAAUAUGAUUAUUGUCUUUAGUGUUUCUUUAAACCUUUACAACUAUGUAUGCAGUGCAC